AUGGAAAGAGAACGCGGUGUGCCACCUCGGAACAAGGCGGCCAUUCACAUCGAGCCGCCUGUAAUUAACGUCAGCUGCUAUAGGCAGCCUCUGAGUACCUCCACUUACGCGCCUCGGCGCCGCGGCUCACUUCGCGUCGGCGUAUUUACACGCCUGUAAACACGACCCCCUUUUUUUCCUUUCCUUCUCUCUCUCUUUCAUAGACCAGCCGUUUCGCGGUUUUAUAAGAUCGUGACGACAGCUUCGAUCAUGAGAUAAUUUCGAGACGUGGCGCAAAGAAACAAGAAGAAGGGGUUGAAAGAGGUUCGAAGUCCUUUCCCAGGCAACUAUGAGAUCGAUUGUUCAAACGCGUCUAGGGCAAUGGAUUCGUCGACGAUUCUGCAGGUUACUUUGCGACUUUAAAGGUGGAAAGGGAAAACAAGUGUCUUUGAUUCUAGUUCACCUUUGGAGAGAUGUUCCAUCCAUUUAUCAGAGGUUUCAAUGAAUCACUGAUUGUGAGUGAGGAUCGAUAUCAAUUCACAAAGCAAAAUUAUUUCGUACAUUUUUGUAUCUAUACCUCUUCUAUUACUUUUUUCGUUCAUUCGAAAUUUAUGAAAUAUCAAUAGAUCUUCUUUCCUAUAUCUAUAGAAAUCUUUCUGACCAAGACGACGAAAUUUUUAACUAACUCUGAAUAUUCUCAAGUUCCAUGGAACACGCAAUAUAAUCUCAAACUUUUCAUUAAUAGCGAUAGAUAUAUUGUCUCGUAAAAACUGACGCAAAAAAAAAAAAGAGCGGUGUAUCGUCAUGAUUUCGCAAUAAUGAAAUAUAUAAGCGUUCUAUGCUGCUGUUGGAAAUGUAAAAUUAUUAAAUCAGCAUCAUCAUCCCUAAAGCAUUACGAAACCGCUGUUACGUCAGUGACAUUUAUCACAACGUAUAGAUCGUAAAUUAAUACGUAACAAGUGUCUACGACAUAGAUAUGAUGACAUUUAUCAUAACGUAUACAUCGUAUAAAUUAAUAUGUAAAAAUCUAGAGUAAUCGCGUUUCGUCGAAAGUUGCUCAUAGUCCACAGAAUUUUCCCGAGAGCUAUUACCAGCCAGCUUUCACCGACGAUUACGCUCACGUUCGUCUUAAUUUUUCCAGGCCGAACGUGUGCAGAUCAAAAUACAAGAAUUACUGUUGCCCCGGUUGGUCGAAGAAGCCCGAGACCGGCCUCUGCGUAAUUCCUAUAUGUAUUAAACGAUGCGGCCCGUUGGGCAGAUGUAUCAGGCCGAAUAUUUGCUUAUGCGAGGGUGGCACGGUAGCAUCAUCUUGUAGCAACAGUCAAACCAAAGUUACUACGUACGAAACUGGCAAUGCGGUAGAUAGGAGCGAGUCUGGAAGAUGCAGAGCGCAUUGCAUAAAUGGCAACUGUGUGGAUGGCAAGUGUCAGUGUCGUAGUGGAUACCAGGGUGAAUUUUGUAACGAACCAAUUUGUCGAGAGCCAUGCUUGAACCAAGGAAGAUGCAUCGGUGCAGAUCGUUGUGCGUGCAUCUAUGGUUACACUGGCAGACGAUGUGAAACAGAUUAUAGAACUGGACCGUGUUACACGAAGGUGAAAAAUGGACAGUGUUUGGCAAAUCUUCAAGGUGUCGUUUGCACGCGACAGUUGUGCUGUGCUACCGUAGGUAAGGGCUGGGGCCAUCCUUGUGAGAGAUGUCCCGCUAGACUGGACUGCGAGCUGGGUCACUUGAAGACUAAUCAAGGGCAGUGUGUUGAUAUCAACGAGUGCGAAGCGAUACCAGGCUUAUGCGAGGGUGGGAAGUGCGUGAACACACCAGGCUCGUUUACCUGCGAGUGCCCCGACGGUCAAGCCAGAGAUCCUGAGACGAACGCUUGCAAGGAUAGGGACGAAUGCCAGGAGGAAGGAAUCUGCGUAGAUGGACGAUGCAUAAAUACAAACGGUGGCUAUUACUGCCUUUGUAACCCGGGAUUUAUCCAGAGCCAAGACCGAAAAUUUUGUAUUGAUGGAAGACAAGGUCUGUGUUACACGUCGGUGAACAGAAACGGGCAGUGCAAGAAUCGGCUGGCGGUAAGACUGAGCAAAAAGGAUUGUUGCUGCGGCAAGAACAUGGGACGCGGUUGGGGUGACGAGUGCUACAUCUGUCCGAAUCCCGGAAGCGACGAUUACAACAGACUUUGCUUGCUACAACUGCAGCCGAUCACCGUGAUAAACGAGUGCGCGCUAAGGCCGGACAUUUGCGGAAACGGCAAGUGCAUAGACACGAGGGACGGAUACGAGUGCGACUGUUACUCCGGCUUCACGAAGAAGGCCGGCAGGUGCGAGGACAUCGACGAAUGCCUGUUGGGAUACUGCGAAGGCGGAACCUGCCAGAAUUACGAGGGAAGCUACACGUGCCAGUGUCCGCCGGGAUUCGUGGUUGCCGGUGAAGGCAGAUACUGCACGGAUCACGAUGAAUGUCAGGACACCGGAAUGUGCAAUAACGGGCACUGCAUCAACAUGAAUGGAUCCUUCAAGUGCAAGUGCAACGACGGUUACGCUUUGUCUCCUACGCAAAACACUUGCAUCGAUAUCAACGAAUGUGCUGACAAUCCGAGAAUCUGUUUGAACGGUCGAUGCGAAAAUACGCCAGGAUCGUAUCAUUGCAUUUGCCAAUCUGGCUUCACUGCCUCGCGCGACAACACGUUCUGCGUGGACAUGGACGAGUGUUCCACAAGCGGAAUGUGCGAGAAUGGGAAAUGCGUGAACAUGGAGGGGUCGUUCAAAUGCGUCUGCGAUUCUGGCUUCCGGAUUGGCCCAGAUCAGAGCCACUGCAUCGAUAUCGACGAGUGCUUAAGUGGACCAUGCCAAAAUGGCCGCUGCGUCAACACCCCCGGUAGUUUCCGAUGUGAAUGCCAUCCUGGAUUUAAUCUGGGACCGGAUGGAAGAUCUUGCUUAGAUACGAGGAGAGAUCUGUGCUAUUCCCAAUACAGAGACGGACAAUGUUCAAACCCUACGUCGACAGCAGUGACAAAGUCAAGCUGUUGCUGUUGCACAGUAAUACUGGGACAACCCAUGGGCUGGGGUAGCACGUGCCAACCCUGUCCGCUUCCGAAUACCAGCGAAUUCGACGCGUUGUGCCCACAUGGCGCAGGAAUGACUUACAACGGAGAUGACAUCAACGAGUGCGCGCAGAAUCCGAAUAUCUGUAUAAACGGCGGCUGCGAAAAUCUUAUGGGGACCUAUCGUUGCAUCUGCGACAGCGGUUACGAAGUGGACGCCACAGGAAAAAUUUGCAGCGACAUAAAUGAAUGCGAAUUGGAGGAUUCGUUGUGCAGCGGUGGUCAGUGUCGUAACAUACCUGGUAGCUUUCAGUGUAUUUGCCCGAGUGGCACGCGGUUCAACACGGGCAACCACAUGUGCGAGGACAUCGACGAGUGCGAGGAACUUGGGCCAGAUGUCUGCUUGAACGGUAUAUGUGUGAACACUCCGGGCGCCUAUGAGUGCGAAUGCUCUCCUGGUUACAUUCUCGAUCACACUGGACACAUUUGCAUGGACAAUAGGAGAGCUUUCUGCUGGACCAAGAUGAUAGACGGCCGAUGCGAGUACAACUUGCCCAGAUUAGCACUGAAAUCAGAGUGCUGUUGUUCGGUGGGUGUAGCCUGGGGAAGUCCUUGCGAACUCUGCGACCAUUCGGUGUGCGAAUGCUCCAAGGGUUACGCGAAAUUCGGCGGGAAGGACUGCGUGGAUGUGAACGAAUGCGAAUUGAACAGCGGUAUCUGCAAAGGUGGGGGCACGUGCGUGAACACUGACGGAUCGUAUCGUUGCGAGUGCCCGCCUGGCUUAACAUUGGAUGCAACACACACCACGUGUAUAGACACGAGACAAGAGACUUGUUAUUUGGACUAUCGACACGGACAAUGCGCGAACCCAAUAGACGGACAGUUUUCGAAGAGUCUUUGUUGCUGUUCCGUGGGUCGUGCAUGGGGCAGCGAAAGAUGCGAAUCUUGUCCGAAACCAGGCACCCACGCGCAUCAAGAACUAUGUCCAAGAGGGACUGGCUUCACGGAUAGGCAGGAUAUCAACGAAUGCAUCGAGUUCCCUGGAAUGUGCUUGAACGGAAGAUGCAAGAACACGGUCGGCAGUUUCAGUUGCAAAUGUAAUCAGGGCUUUGCGCUCGACGAACAUGGGAUUAAGUGCAAUGACAUCGACGAAUGCGAGAUUAUGCACGGAGUGUGUGGAAACGGGACCUGCAGGAACACGCCCGGCAAUUUUCAAUGCGACUGUAACCCUGGAUAUCGUAGCAGCGACAUAAUGAAAAUUUGCAUGGACAUAAACGAGUGCGAGGAGACACCAGGAUUGUGCCGAGGAGGAACCUGCAUCAACACCGAGGGCAGCUUCAAAUGUCAGUGCCCACCUGGUCACGAGCUGGGCCCUGACAAGCAGUCCUGCAAGGAUAUCGACGAGUGUUCGAGAACCAGCGGGAUCUGUUCGAACGGCGUCUGCGAGAACAUGAUGGGCACGUAUCAGUGCAUAUGCGACGAUGGUUAUCAACAAACUGGACUAAAGUCUCACUGCGAAGAUAUAAACGAAUGCGCUACCAACAACGGCGGCUGCGAGGACAUAUGCCUGAACACAGCUGGAAGUUUCUCUUGUUCGUGCAGCACUGGACUCGCGUUGAAUCUCGAUGGUCGAUCGUGCGUGGACAUUGACGAGUGCAAAGAAAACCCGCGGAUCUGCAACGGAGGAAAAUGCACCAAUGUGGCUGGUGGCUACAUAUGCACGUGCACGGACGGCUUAAUUCCUGGGAAAGAUGGUGCCUCUUGCAUAGACGUCGACGAGUGCACCACGCAGCAACACAUUUGCGGCUACGGUGAAUGUUACAACACCAUUGGUUCUUACAACUGUCGGUGCGAGGAGGGAUAUUCAGUGAAACCGGAUCAAGGCCCGGGAUGUACCGACGACGACGAAUGUCUCUUAAACGCGUACUCCUGCAGCGAAUUCGCCGAGUGUCAGAAUACGCAAGGUUCGUACGAGUGCACGUGUCACGAAGGUUUCGUGGGGAAUGGAAUUGAAUGUAGGGACAUCAAUGAAUGCUUGACGAACAAUGGAGGAUGCGAUUCUAACGCGCAGUGCAUCAACACCGAGGGAUCGUUCAAGUGCGUCUGUGAUGCUGGAUUUAGAGGCGAUGGUUAUACCUGCAAAGACAUUGACGAAUGCGCCAAUGACAAUACACUUUGCGAAAAUGGACACUGCCUCAAUUAUCCUGGAUCGUUCCGAUGCGAAUGUGAAAUGGGUUUCAUGCACCCUGACGAGAAUAACGAGCAGAUGUGCGUGGAUAUAAACGAAUGUGAAAUGUUUAGCAAUCUGUGCGUAUUCGGUCGAUGCGAGAACAUAUUCGGCAUGUUCCGUUGCGAGUGUAACGAAGGCUAUAAGUUGGACGGCUCGGGUGGAAAUUGUACAGAUAUCGACGAAUGCGAGAAUCCACAAUCUUGUCAGUAUGGCACGUGCAUAAAUACUCAAGGAAAAUACAUAUGCAAGUGUCCACCAUACUACGAGUUAGUCGAGGCUGGAAACGCCUGUGUUGACAGGCGAGAAUCGUUCUGUUUCACCGGAUUCGAACGCGGCACCGGAAAGCCGCAGUGCAUCUUCGACGUGGCCUCUUCGGUUACCAAAGCGACAUGUUGCUGCAGCAUUGGCAACGCUUGGGGAAAUCGUUGCGAGGAGUGUCCUCACGUUGGCACCAAAGAAUUCGAAGAAUUAUGCCCCGGUGGUACCGGGUACAAACCUAAUCAAGAGACUGUUAUUUUGGAGGACAUCAACGAAUGCGAGGAGCACGAGAACAUUUGUCAAAAUGGCCACUGUACUAAUACAUUUGGUAGUUUUAUGUGCUCCUGUAACGAGGGUUUCAUUUUGGACGACACUAAAACCAACUGCAUAGAUAUAAACGAGUGUGCUUUGCAUCCGCAAAUAUGCGGAGUGGGAUACUGCAUCAACGAUCAGGGGAAAUAUCACUGCGAGUGUCCAGAAGGAUAUAUGGCGAUGCCAGGUGGAAAGGAAUGCGUCGACAUGAGAAAGGAAUCGUGCUAUCUCAGUUACGAGGGGGGUCAAUGUUUCAACCCCAUGAUGCAUCCACAAACGAAAAUGUUAUGUUGCUGUUCUAUGGGAGCCGCGUGGGGUAGCCCUUGCGAGAAGUGUCCAGCUGAGAGAACUCGCGAGCAUGAAAUUCUCUGCGGCAUGGUACCCGGCCAAAUAAUGAAUCCCAUAACAAAUCACACGGAGGAAAUCGACGAAUGCGCCCUUAUGCCAACGAUGUGUACUCACGGUCGUUGUAUGAACACUCCUGGCAGCUUCGAAUGCCAAUGCGAUCGAGGAUACGUGUACGAUCAAGAUUCGCAUCAGUGUAUCGAUGAAAAUGAAUGUUUGCAGGUUCCAAAUCCUUGCAGUGGCAACGCGCAAUGCAUAAACAAGCAAGGUUACUUUGAAUGCGUCUGCCCAGCAGGAUACAAAUUAGGGCUGAGUCAACGAGACUGCGUGGAUAUCGACGAGUGUUACGAACGGCCGGGAAUUUGCAACAACGGCGCCUGCAACAACUUGCAGGGCAGCUUCCAAUGCGUCUGCCAUUCUGGUUUCGCGUUAACGAGAGACAGAGACAACUGCGUGGACAUCGACGAGUGUCAACGCAACCCGAACGUCUGCAACAAUGGAACCUGCGUAAAUAUACUUGGGUCGUACAAGUGCAUCUGUUACCAAGGAUUCAAGCUCAGCCCCAACAACGAUUGCGCUGACAUCGACGAGUGUCGCAUCAUGCCGUUCCUCUGUCGAAAUGGAAGAUGUCGGAACACGAUUGGCGCUUUCAAUUGCGAAUGUGCGGACGGCUACGUGUUGGCUCAAGACGGCCAACAUUGCAGAGACAUCGACGAGUGUCGCGAAAUUCCAGGGCUCUGUCCAUCGCCAGGAAAGUGUCAGAACUUAAUGGGAUCUUACAUCUGUACUUGUCCCCCGGGUUACGAGUUGGACCACACGAAAAAGAAGUGCGUCGACGUGGAUGAAUGCGAGGAGACGCAAGGAAUCUGCGAGAAUGGUCGCUGCAUCAACACGGAUGGCGGAGUGAUUUGCGAGUGUCCUGUCGGUUACAGACUGAGUGACAAACCAAAUUCGAUGCGGUGCAUCGAUGUUAGGGAAGAUCUCUGUUACGAUCGAUACAUAAGGCACUUGGGUGGACGAUGUUCCCUUCCUCGAGCCGGCACCAUAACGAAGAAACACUGCUGCUGCACUAUGGGAAAAGCGUGGGGGAAAUAUUGCGAGCAGUGUCCUCCGGAAGAGAGCGAGGAAUUCAAGAGGCUGUGUCCGGAGGGGCCAGGCAGAGACGAUAUAGGGAUCGACUUGAACGAGUGUCUCAUCAUGCCAGACGCCUGUGCUAAUGGCGACUGUAUCAACACUGAUGGCUCUUUCCGGUGCGAAUGUCCCUCUGGAUACGUAUUGGACGCGACUGGUAGACGUUGCGUGGACAACAACGAAUGCUUGUCCCAACAAAACAUAUGUGGCAACGGAACAUGCACGAAUAUCGAAGGUGGUUUCGAGUGUUCUUGCAACGAAGGAUUCACCCCUGGAGUGAAUCAAAUUUGCGAGGACGUGAACGAGUGCCUGGAGAUCGGCAACCAAUGCGCCUUCCGGUGUCAUAAUGCGCCUGGUUCCUUCAGAUGCAUUUGCCCCUACGGCUACACCUUGGCUCCCGAUGGACGACAUUGUAUAGACGUGGACGAGUGCGCAACACCAGCGAACAAUUGCAAAUAUCAAUGCAAGAAUCUUAUUGGUUCGUUCAUGUGCAUCUGUCCACCUGGAUACCAACAAAUCGGUAUGACAGACGAAUGCAAAGAUAUCGACGAAUGCGCAAUUAAUUCGGGCCUUUGCCGAAAUGGUCGAUGCGUCAAUCUGGAUGGUAGUUAUCAAUGUCUUUGCUAUGAUGGCUUCGAACAGAGUCCUGACGGAAAGUCUUGCAUAGAUCGUAGAAUAGGCUAUUGUUUCUUGCAAACGAUCGCUGGAAGAUGCACGACGAGAGCUUCCGACGUGAAGACAGUAACAAAAGCGGACUGUUGUUGCACAAUGGGCGCGGCCUGGGGCCCAUAUUGCGAGAUUUGUCCUUCGAAAGACUCUGACAACUACAACGAGCUCUGUUUAGACAAAGGUUUCUCCGUAGAUGGCCAAGACAUUGACGAAUGCAGAACGAUUCCUGACCUGUGCAAAAACGGUUUGUGUAUCAACACGCUUGGUUCUUAUAGAUGUGUCUGCAAUAAGGGUUACAAGGCGGAUAAGUCUGGGACUCAAUGCGUUGGCAAGUAUUCGCACAUAAACGAGUGCGAGCUGACGCCAAGGCCGUGCAAAUAUAAUUGUCAGAACACAGAGGGAAGUUUCAUCUGUUCAUGCCCGGCCGGUUUCAUCUUAAAUCCCGAUGGCGUCAGUUGCCGAGAUCUGGACGAAUGCGCGACUGGAAAUCACCUGUGCCAGCAAAAUUGCAUUAACACUCAGGGUAGUUACACUUGCGGCUGUCAAGAAGGUUACACGCAAGACGGUGAUGCCUGUCACGAUAUAAACGAGUGCGACCAGCCUGGAACUUGCCCUAAACCGGGCACUUGCGUCAAUACUCUUGGCAGUUUCCGGUGUAUCUGUCCGAGAGGAUUCAAGCUUGAUCAAUCGGGUCGAUUCUGCAUCGAUCAGAACGAGUGUGCCGACGACAACACCUGCGAGCACGGUUGUCAGAAUUUUAUGGGAAGCUAUCGCUGCGGAUGUCCCGAAGGAUUUGUUCAACAUCUUUAUUACAAUCAGUGUAUCGACGAGAACGAAUGCAACACGUCACCGUGCGGAGACAGCACUUGCAUCAACACGAUUGGCAGCUACAAAUGCGGCUGCCCGGAUGGUUACCAGUUCGACAAUAAUUUGCAAAUUUGCGUUCAGGUGAGCGCUGGAUGCAUUGGAAGCCCUUGCGCCUUCGGAUGCACUCCUAAUGGAGUAAACGGCUUCAUCUGUGGGUGUCCCACUGGAUAUCAACGAAUUGGACAGGGUCAUUGUUUGUCAACUAUAAACCCACUGUCGCAAGGGCAGUACGGCGAGGACAUCAGCAAUGCGCCCACUUUCGUGAUAAAUCCAGAUCCUUAUCACAUACCGCCUGCAGACGAUAAAACGAUAUCGACGGAAGGUUGCUUCUCUUGCAAGGUUAACGGCAAAGGACGACACAGGAGACACUCGCGAUUGAAAUCGGUGGACCGAGAACUGACCGCGCGAAGGAACGAAAUUAUGAAGAGACGAUUCGUCAGAUCGGCGAGGAGGCAUCAUCACGGCGAGGAACACGUUCUUAAGAUCAGUCUGCGACAAACGAGGCAUCGAAUGAGAAUCGUUAAACUGCAGCCGGCCGUUAAGGACGAAGAUAUGGAAUACACGAUAGUGAAAGGUAACAGCGACAAUCACUUCGAGAUCGUGAACGAACAGGGAAUAUGGGCGCUCCACUUCCGCAGCCGAUUAAAGGAACCUGAUCAGUUCCGGUUGGUAAUUCACGGACGUCCAAGGAACGGUAUCAGCGAAGAGAACGAGGUCUGGGAAAGGCCUCUGACGUUCAAAGUACACUUAAUAGUAACCGAGUAAAAGAUCUUAGGAAAACCGACGUUGCUCGAUGUUUCGG